GUCGCGCAGGCCGCCAUCGUGCCGCAACGCCCCUUCACCAUCGCCGGCACGAUCCUCGACAACAUCCUGCUCGGGAGGCGGCUCGAGCCGGACCUCCUUGCGGAGAUCCUCGAGGGGUGCGCCCUGCUCGACGACCUGGCGGCGCUGCCGCUGCGUGAGCACACCGAGGUGGGCGAGCGAGGCGUGACUCUCUCGGGCGGGCAGCAGCAGCGGAUCGCCAUGGCGCGCGCCCUCUACGGCCGCCCCUCCGUACUCCUCCUCGACGACCCGCUCUCCGCCGUCGACGCGCGCACGGCGUGCGUGCUCCUCGACGCCAUCGUCCGCUACGUCAAGCGCGGCUGGCUGGCGGAGCCCGAGGCCGGGCCGGUCGCGCGCGCCGCGCUCGUGUCGGCAUCGCAAGGCGGCCACCUGCACGCCUUCGACUCGCUCCUGCUCAUCGAGGGCGGCGCCGUGACUGCGCACGGCCCGCGCGAGGCGCUACUCGCCUCGGGGUCGGAGCUCACGGAUCGGCUCCUCGGCGCAGCAGCCGCCGCAUCGCUGGACGACCUUCCCGAGGCGAGCCGCUCGCCGGCCGAGGCGGCGGCAGCUCUUGCCAAGGCGGCCGAGGGCGCGUCGGCGGCCGGCGCGAAGGCUUCUGCGGCGCCGCCGGGCGGCGUCUCGCGGCUCACCACGGCGGAGAGUCGGCAGACUGGUGCUUUCUCCUCUGGCAUAUACACCACCUAUAUCCGCGCGCUCGGGACCGCGUCCGUCUGGUCCUACUUUGCGCUGCUCGUGCUCACCUACGGCACCUUUCUGCUCGCCGACUUGUGGCUCGUGCGGUGGUGGAUCGGCGACGCGGGGCCGGCUGUCGGGUUACCGACAGCGAGCCGGGCGGGCGUCUACUCAGGCUUGUGCCUCGGCUUCAUCGCGCUGAUCAUCGGCUCGUCCAUCUUCUUUACCGUCAUUUCGGUGCGCGCCUCGGCGGCGAUGCACCGCAGCACGCUCCGCCGCGUCAUCUACGCGCCGCUCGGCUGGUACGACAGCACGCCCUCUGGACGCGUCCUCUCGCGCUUCACCUCGGACCUGAACACGGUCGACAUCACUCUGAGCACAGACGUGGACAACCUGAUGCAUAUGGGCUUCCAGGCGGCCACGAUUUUCGGGCUGAUCGCAUCCACAACUUGGGUCCUCGCUGUCGUCGCCGCCGGCGUCUUUGCCGUCUUUUGCUUCGCCACUCUAGUCGCAGACCGCUCGAUACGCGAGCUGCGCCGCCUCGCAAACAACGCCGUCUCGCCAAUCAUGUCCAACAUCGCCGAAAUCAAGGUCGGGACGCCCCUCGUGCGGGCGAUGCGCCUCGGCUCCUUCUUCGCCGCCCGCCAGUCUGCAGCGAUUGGCGCGUGGGCUCGAUUCUCCUACCUCUCACGGGCGAUGCAGUCCUGGUACGCGCACGUGGGUGGCACCCUCGUCUUUAUCUUUGGCGUCGCCACCUUCUUCAUCAUCAUCGGGAAUCGCGCCUCGUUUGGGGUAGCGGAGGGCGGCCUCGCGCUCACGUACGCAGUUGUCCUCCCCUACUUCAUCAACCUCAUCUCCGAUAUGUUCGUUCAGCUGCGCACGUCCAUGGCGGCGCUCGAGCGGCUUCUGGAGUACUUGGAGCUGCCACAGGAGCCGCCGCACGAAUUGCCGUCCGACCCGCCGCAGGCCGACUUUCCAAAAGCGGGCGAGGUGGUCUUUCAGAGCCUCUGCCUGCGGUACCGGCCCGGGCUGCCGCUUGCGCUGGCUGACUUCUCGGCCACCAUCGCACCCCGGCAGAUGGCCGGGGUGGUCGGCCGAACGGGCACGCUUAGCACGCUUGUCCUCGCUCUUUUCCGACUGCUCGAGCCGGCUGCGGGCAGCAUCAUCAUCGACGGGCGCGAGACGGUUUCGCUCGGUUUGCCUUUGGCGCCAAAGCUCGUCGCCGCCUCGCAGGAUCCGGUGCUACACCAGGGCACCGUCGCGCACAACCUCUGCCCCUUUGGAACAAAGAGUGACGAGGAGCUGGCGUCGGCGUUGGUGCGCGCGCGGCUCCCCGCGGACCUCCUCGGCACGCACGUCGCCAAGAAUGGCUCGAACCUCUCCUCGGGCGAGCGGCAGCUCCUCUGCUUUGCGCGCGCGAUGCUCGAGGAGACGCCGAUCCUCGUGCUCGACGAGGCCACGAGCAACCUCGACGAGAACUCUGACGCGGCGAUGCAGGAGCUGCUCCGCGAGGAGUACGCGGCAAAGACGGUGAUCACCAUCGCGCACCGCCUCCUGACAGUCGCCGACUACGACACCCUCCUCGUGCUUGGUGGCGGUCGCCUGCUCGAGCAGGGGUCGCCCGCAACGCUGCUCAACGACCCAGCAUCGGUGCUCAGC